AUGACAACCGAAGGCAAAGAAGGUAGAUGGUUGAAGUCGUCGAAGAAAUCAAAGGUCGAGAAAGAACAGCCGAAGUCAUCCAAAAAGUGGAACUUCUUUCAACGUGCUCAUGCAGCUCCGCGUGCAGACACACCGGCUGUGGUUCCCACUGCCAACACUACGGCUGCGCCCGUCUCUCGGUCUGUUGCGCACUACGCAUUGAUGGACCAGACGGGUCUGGACAUGGACGACAUCGAAGAACUGAUGAAGGAGGCCAACACCGGAGACGAAGGUACAGAAGGCGCGCUUUCUGACGAUGAACCAGAGAGAAAAGAGAGGAUGCAGUCCAUGCUGCUACCACCAAAGCCUGUUCUUUCAACCAGUGCAGCAGCACCUGUGCGCUCUGCUUCGCCAAAAGUCAACCUGCGCAAGCCGUAUCAGCAAGAGGAGCAUGGUCCUCAGAAGCUCUUCCUCAACACUAACAUCCAAUAUGCCCCUCGGACUUCUGCACGCCAAUCGCUCAUCGACCUCACGCCCAUGGAUCUUUCGCCUCCAUCAUCGCCGUUCAGUCCUCCCUCCCCACCGAUCGAAAAAGGUCUCAGCGCGCUUACACAUGGAUCAGCCAUUGCCGCCAUGAGUCCUCCCUCCGACGAAUCUACGCGCAGCGAGUUCUUCAAAUUUCCACCUCGCAAAGACUCUGAAGUGUCUUACUCGAGUAGCUCUGGUAUUUGGAGCUUCGCUCCCGCGUUUGGAACUGCAGUUGUGCCUGGUCCCGGAGCACCGCUCUCCGACGACGAGUUGUGGAACGAAUACGAUGAUCUUCUCGACGAAGUCCUUUCGCCUGCCAGCUCUCGCACGAGCCAAGAUCGAACCAUCGUUCGGAGUCAACACCCAUCGCUUGAGCCGCUGCCGCUGAAGACGAAGGCACAAUGCGAGUCCUCGCAGUCUGACCAUUCAACUCAGGAGGUCUCGUACCCGUCGCUACAUCUUCGCCGCUCUCGUCUGCUCGCCGUUCUGCACUCGACUCAGUCUCCAGCUUCUGAAGCAUCCUUUAAUGACUUCCUACAAGAAAAUGGCGAACGGAAGAUCAGCGUGAUUGACCCGGUCACUGGUCGACUGAGUCUACCUUCUAGCCCGCGCUUGUCCACGGGCUCGGCCACAAAGCGUUCUACUCGAUCCAGUCUACCAGCCAAUCUGCCACUGAGCGCUCGGCAGUCAAAAGUCACUAUAACUUCGCGGUCAAGCAAAGAUCGCGAAAGUGCUGCCGCGAACAGAUACAGAGACUCUCGCCUGAUGGAAAUUGCCGAGACUCAAGCGGAUGGACUCGCUUCCAUGGCGAAUCUCCGCUUUGGUGCGCUCAUGACAAGCAAAUGGCUUUCCUUCGGUCGCGUGCUCUUUAGUCCUGUUCACUUUGACCUGAAGGACCCGAGCGAAGACCGCGUGCUCGUGAUCGAUGGUCUUGGCAAGGACUGGUCAUACUACUGCGCCCUCACGUAUCCUGAAGCAACCGUCUACGACGUCGGACCCGGCCUGUCAUCCACUGCACCGAGCAACAGUGCAGCUGAGCCAUGGUCGACUCUCAGUAACCACCGCCAUAUCUGCCAUGAAUCACUGACGAAUGCGCUUCCGUUCCCCAUGCACUUCUUCGCAUGUGUCGUCCUUCGAUUCCCGACCGCGCUCCCGCCUUCUGUACACCGCUUCAUUCUGAGCGAAGCGAAGCGUGUCCUGCGACCAGGCGGCUACCUCGAGUUCAGCGUUCUCGAUCUUGACUUGGUCAAUAUGGGCAACCGCGCCCGCCGUGCUGUUCGUGGUUUGAAGAUGAGAAUGCAGGUCGCCGAUGAAACGCUUUCCCUCCGCAACAUCAGCGACGAAAUCAUGGCUGGCAUCGGCCGCAAGGGCUUCGUCCAAUGCAAUCGAUGCGUCGUAGGUGUCCCUGUUGCAGGCAAGCUACCCAGCCCGGACGACACCAAGACAUCGACAGCCAAGCGCACCGGCAGCAACGCCAGUUCAAAGAGCAAGAAUAACAGCACCCUCACUGCCAAAGGCCCCAAGCCCGAAGUCUCAUUUUCCGACCUCCUCAACGCCUCCCAACCUUCCGAAUCCACUGACAACGGCAUCACCGAUAUGGUCGCUCGCGUCGGCCGCUGGUGGUACUCUCGCUGCUACGAGUCCCUCGUCCUCCCCGAAGCCGGCGAGCCCGGCGCAGAGACGUCCGCCAACCUUCUCCAAACCAGCAUCUGGCGCGACGAAGCGCUCAUCAACGAAUGCGAAAAGCGCGGCACCAGCUUCAAAAUGCUCAUCGGGUACGCCCAGAAGCCUGAGAUUGGCGUCCGCCGGACCGUCAGCGUCUAA